UUAUAUUACGUUUUGAUAUACUUUAUAUUUUAUUUUCUACUUUAAAAAUUAUUUUUUAUUUAAAUACUUGUUUAAAAUUGAAUUCUUUAUUUUUUAUUAUUAUCAAACGCUUUUUAAAAAUCGGAAAAUCCAUCCCUGAACCCCACCAUACUCUUUAGUGUGUAUUUGCCAACGCUCAUAUUUUUUCUGGAUCCGUCACUGUAAUGGUUAAUAUUACUAGUAGGGAGGGAGAUCAAGCUAGGGGAACAAGAGGCGGAAGACAGUUUGGGACGGAAUCGAGGAUUAGGGAUCUGAGACACGAACGGAGCACGACGAGGCAACAGAGUAACCGGCGACGACUUUCUUCUUCGACCAGAACUGCGGGCGGUAGGCUCUCAUCUUCGAUCAGCAUCUGGACACAGAGCAGGGCGGGGGUGGUUGGCCUUCAUCGUCCAUCGGCUAGCAGCGAGGCAUGGAGGUCCGGUUCCGACCUCAGUGAUUCCGGGCGGAAAUCAUACGGCGGCCUUCUCUCUGAUUCGAUUUUUGUUGGUGGAAUCUCCGAAGUUAUUUCAUCUGAUAUGCUUAUGGAGAUUGCUAAAUCGUUUGGACAUUUGAAAGCAUAUCACUUUGAGUUUAAUGCAGAUCUUAAUGAGCCACGUGCUUUUCUUGAGGUAUCAUCCUACUAUUCUUUCAUUGGGUAAAUGAUUAUUUAUUCUUUCUUGCUCCCUACUAGAUUAUUGUCUUGUAUAUACUUUGGUAAUGCUCUACUUGUUUUAUGGAGAGAGUGGAAUAAAAUUUACCGUGGAUGUAAUCUGUAUGAGAUGUCAGGCUCGGUGUCAAAUGUCUGUUCCAUGAUCAAAACCAAGUAUAAAUCCAGGGCCUGGAUACUACUGACAAUUAGAAAGCUCGAGCCUCUCAUGUGUGUGAGAAGCAAGAAUUUAUGUGUUUUUUAAAUAUAAUUAUGAACUGAAACCUGAAAGGGGAGUAAAACAUAAGUGUUCUUGAGCUUCACUUUUGACACGAUCAAUAUAUUCACGUUAGGCUACCACUUGGGGUUAGGAGGUUUACACUGUAUCUGUGGGCUCGCAUCUUCGAUCAGCAUCUGGACACAGAGUGGACACAGAGUAGGGCUGGUGGUUGUCCUUCAUCGUCGAUCGGCUAGCAGCGAGGCAUGGAGGUCCGAUUCCGGACGGAAAUCAGACGGUGGCAAUCAGUCCAGCAGCUCUCUACAGUGAACUCCUGUCUCCGGCGAGCUAAAGUGCAUGAGUGUAAGGUAAAUUUGGUGCAUAAUUUGUAAUUACUUUAUUUUGUGCUUAUAAUUUUUUUUGCAUAGGAUUCAACGGCUAAUCAAUCUGAAAUCGAUGACCUUACAAUUGAUGGUAAUACAACCACUGAGCAAAGUCAUAAUGAGGAUCGAUGGAACAAAGAUGAUGAGGUUAGAGCGAUGAACUUGAAGAUGUAGACAGUGACGAGCAUUAAAGCUUUGGACUAUAUCUUCCAUAUCAAUGCGUAUUUUAAUUUAGUUCACUUUGACUAUUUAUACUUUAGCUUGAAACGUACGCAAAUGAUGAACUAAUUUUGAGAUGUUAGUUUACUUUCUAGUAAAUGGGUUAGUUGUAA